AUGAGCCUGCCUGUCACGCCUGUCAAGAGCAAAGUGUGCAGCGCAUUAUCGAUGCAACAUGAGAUGGACCAUGAUCAAUACCGUGACCUGUCGUACCCACGCGAGAACCAACUCGCUGGUGUCAGACCUAAUAAUAUAGAAAAUGCUACUAUACCGCGACAGAGCAGGAGCAAAAACAAGAAACCCCAUGAACAUACGCAAUCGCAGGUUCGAUUUUCCAUUCCAGAUCCAAAUGAGAUAUCUCAGAACUCCCCAUUGAAAAUUGUAUUUCCCAAGAGUGGAAAUGAGAUUGAAGGUAAAAUGUCUACUUCAUCAUUACUUAUGAAUAGUCAUGGUCAUUUAGUCGACAUGCACUCGAAAGUAUUGGUCGAUGUCCCAGAAGAAGUUUGGCAAUUUCAUCAUAAUAGAAGAAUGAAAUGUGAAAGCAAGCACCGCAGGACUCGUUCCGAUAUUAAAUCUAGCGAAAAUAGUAGCAGAAAGGAAUUGAACCAUUCCAGAUCAAAAUCAUUACAGUCGAUUAUAGUGGAUACGAUGAAUACAUAUCGUGCAACCGAUGCUGAUGCCACUUUUAACGAAAAUAUUAGUAAUGUUAGUCAGGUAUCUCCAUUGAAUUUAUCAUUUGACAGACCUCCUCCUUUAACACCAGAAAAGAAUUUAUAUCUUACUCCUGAAUCCCCAUUGAAUAGAUAUCAUUUACCAGUUCCAUUGGAAAUAUCUCUACCGCCCUACUUAUCUCCGCGAAACAAGCAUAAAAAGAGAAGUAGCUUAGUUUACGAUGGAGAUGGCUAUAGCCAAUUUCAAGAAAGCAACACCUCAUCCUCAACCGAAUCUUCUCUAGAACAGCCCUCGUCGUCGUAUUCAGAUGAAGAUGAUUCUAUCCCAUAUGCCCAUCAUGAAGUAUCCUUCGAAUUAAACAAUCCAGAUACUGAUAAGUUUCUUGGAAUUGAUGAGAACGCCAACGUCAAUCUGAAAAUACAAAGGAGAAAUCUCAAAAACCCGCGACAUAUCAAGAAGAAGACAAAUAGCGGGUAUGAGGAAGAAAAUCAUGAAAAAAAUGUAUCUUUAAAAAUUCUAUCGACUCCAAAUAAACUGAUAGACAUCCCCGACUUAGAACACAUGGCAUCCCCGCCAAGCACAGGUUUAAAUGGCACUUUGAAAUUCUUCCAGCAGUUUGAACCUAAUGAGGAACCAAUGUCUCCAACUCGCAAUAUUAAUCUUAAAUCACUGGACAAACUCGAUAUGUCAUUCAAGUUUCCCUCCAGUGCCGUUAAUAAUAAUUUGAAGGAGGUACAUGAAAAUAGAAAAUCUAUAGGCACGAAUAAUGAAGAUUUCCUGAAAGUUGAUACUUCGCCUGUAAAUCAAUCAUUUGAAUCAAGAAGGCAAAUAUUAAUGGACUUGCAAAAAUCCCCAACAAACAAUGAUCCGAGAAUACAUAAGCAUAGGAGAAGUAGGAGCGUUCAUAAUAUUGAUGACACUUUCAUAAAUUUUGAGGCGACCUCUACGCCCCCAGCUCCGGCCUCUGCUCCGACACUUCCUGUUGAAGAUUCUAUUCCAUGCACUUCCUUUGACAUACCUAAAAGGUCACCCUUACGAUUCACAUCAUCUCCGAAGACAUCUGAUAUGCCACCUGAAGUUCAGUCACCUAACAAUGGCUCCUCCCUUCAAGAAUUUUCAGUACCUUCAAUUCAAAUUAUAGCAGAUGAAAGUACUUCUCAUAAAGGAGAAUCAUCACUUACUGAACGUCCAGAGGAUGAACAUGACCACGACAAUCUUUCUAUCAAAGAUGCUGAUCAAUCUAUUGCAAUUAUCAAUGAAACAAAAAGUAUUCCUUCGGUAGAGCCGUUCAAACCGCUAUCUUCAUUCAAUUCAUUUGGUCAACGAAUUCAAAAUAAUGAAUCGGCUGCUUUGACUCAGGCUCCUACAGAAUUAAUUACUAAGCAAGCAGGCUAUGUGACUCCACAUUCAAUUCCAUUCAACGUUGCAUCUUCUAAUAGCCAAUCGUCACAAUCAGGAAGUAGUAAAUCCUCAUCUUACAAUUCCGAAUUCUCUACCAAUACUGCCAUCACGGAUACAACAUCUCAACCUUCUAUGACAAUUAAUAGAUCUGGUUUACAAUAUAACCUUACAGACAGAAAAAAAUCAAUUAAAAAUGUAGGUUAUGGCCCACCAUCCCAGAGGAACAACUAUUCCCCCAGGAAAAAGGAUACCCCUUUGGAGAGGGUUAAUUUAGAAUUCAAUACUAUUUACGAAAAAAGAGAUGGUAAAAUGGUUGAGAUUAUUCUCUUAGAUGAGGACGAUGACGUAAGUCACAAAAUUAAGAAUACCCCACGAACAAAAGCCGAUCAAGCUCAAGAAGCUAAAAUUGAGCAGCAGAAGAAAAGACUAAGCCAUUGCAACGAAAUUUUGGGCAUGUGUGAUAAAACUGCAGAUGAGGCAAAAAGAAUUAUUUAUCAAUUGGUGAAUGAGAAGCCUAAAUUUUCAGACAAAGGAAAACAGAAAAAACCAAAAAAGUCAAGAGUACUUCCACCAUUACCUUUUCCUCUAUAUGAUAAGAACGGGAACUCUCUAAUCCCGAACAAGUACCAGUCCAAUAUUCACAACGACAUGCAAUCUCAUCGCAAGUUAAAAUAA